AGCAGUGCCAUAGGUUUGGGACCAGAGCAACCCAGACACUCAUCUGUCUCAUCCUCCGCUUUCUUGUCCUUCCGUAACGCUCAUCCCUCCCUUCUCUCUCCUCAGAAACACAAAGAGAGGGAGAGACACAAACCCAAAUACAAGAAGACUCUAGAGCUCUCCCCUUCCCUUGCGCCAACUCUCAUGGUUGCCUCAGACAAGGUGAGCUCUCUCCUCCUCUGCGCCCAGCUCCCUCCCUCCCUCUCUCUCUCUUUCUUUCUUUCUCUCUGUCUCUCCGUCUCACUGUCUCACUCUGUGGGUUUAAUGUCAGAUGAACAUUGACUAGCUCUGUUAGGCAUUAUGCAGGACUGACCUCUCACAUACUCCCCCUCCUCUCCUGUCUUUUCCUCCUGUCCUCUCCUCUCCUCAUCCCGCUCUCAGAGUUACAACAGCAGCAGCAGUGGUGGAGGAGGAGUCUCCUCUAUGCCCGCCUCCUCUCAAAAGCGAUUGGACGACAGUGCUGCCCGUUUCACCACCGCCAACUUCCAGGAAGUGCCGGUGCACUCCGGGGGUGCUAAGGACUGCCCCCCCACAGGGUCAGAAGGCAAACCGGGGUCGGAGGUCAAACAGGGCAAGAAGAGCAUUAGCCAAGGGAUUGGUGUUCAGCGCGGACGCAAGUCCCUCACACCUGGGAAGCCCCUCCCCUCUGCUGUGGUCACUACGGCAACCUCCUCCACUGCCGCCUCCUCCACUGGAACCUUUCAUCAAGGUGAGAUUGAUGCACUGUUUACGUGUGCGGCGUGCCUGUGUCUGACAGUUGUUGGAUGUUGGCCAGAGUUAGCAUAUGGCCAAGAUAAUAGCGUCGUCUCCCUGGCUAGACCCUGGCUCCUGUAAUCUGGGAGCUCCGCCGUGCGCGCACACACACACACACACACACACACACACACACACACACACACACACACUAGAGCGCUCAGACGCCAUGAGUCUCCCUUGACUCCGGCCCCCUGUGGCAGCUUGUGUGUGUGUGUGUCAGCCUCGAGGGGUCAAGUCUGGAGGGCUGACGUGUUUUAAGUGGCAUCUAGUGGGGAAACAGUCUCACAGUCCAACAGGAGACUGAGGACCAAGGGGAUGACUAUUGGAGGGAAAGAAAGCGAGAGGAGUUAAAAUAGCUAUCUUAUCAGUUACUGGUGCUUCUAUGUGUCUGGCAGUGCCAGAGGGUGUGUGUGUGUGGAACCACCUUUCCAUCCACAGUUUUUAUGCGAGUAAAGACAUACUGUAUAAAAACAAUAACGACAGCUGUGAUGGAUACAGGAAUUUUCAGUGUAAUUUUAUAAAUGGCGACAGAUCAUUUGUUUGUUCGACAUGGUGGGAUCUUUUUGUGGCGGUAAAAUAAAUUGUGAGAAAUGAUGGUGGAAACACCUAUGUGUGCAAAUAUUGAUAUAAUAACCGUCAUAUUGAAGUAAACUUGGAGUUACGCGAUGAUAUGGUGUGUGGUCCUCCCACUACCACUCAGGAAACCAUAAAGUGUAUUAUGCUACAGAUUAAAUAAAUGAUGUUGAACUUCACAGUGUGGUGAAAGUGCAUGACAUCGGUUGAUGCUCCUUUCUAAUAAAUAUCGAGGGUCUUAUUCUGGUGACAUGAUGAUCCAUGCUUGACUGCUGUUUGACAAGUAAAUCGUCAUCAUCAUGUACGCUAGACUACCUGCACAGCCUACGCGCACUGUAUCCGCGAGCUGUUGGCUAGAUCGCACGUGCCAGAGUAGGCACAUUUGCUAUUUAACAAAACAGUUUUUGUGACAAAACUAUCGGUAGAGUUGAAAAUGCGAUGCAAACACAUUGAACUUUUCUAUGUUUAUUCGGUACAUGAAAACUUAAGCGAAAAAGUACUUUUGUGUGCACUAUGUCAUCACUUAUUGAUUGUAAGUCUGUUUGGUGGAAACACACCACUGGUGGGAAAAUGCGCAUAUUUUCUUUAUGCAGAUUUGAGAAUAUUUGCAUAAAUCUGUCGCCAAUCGGAUGGAAACUUAGCUUGUGUGUGUUUUAAGUCUCCAAACAGCUUCUCCUCUCUCUCUCUCUCUCUCCCAGCCCUCCUGCUGUCCAAUAAGACGUCCUCCACCUUGAUUCCUCCCACCUCUGACUUCCUGGGCUUCUCUGAUCCGUCGCUGCGCUCCGGAGGCGGGGACUCCUUCUCUUCGCCCUCUUUCAGCCGUUGCCUAGUGAAGCCCAGUGAGGUCACGGCCUCUGAGUGCAUGGCGUCGCUCAGCACCUUCGGCUCAAUGAUGUCACUUCCUGGCUGCGUAGCCGGAGGUAAACUGUACGAGAACUCUCACAGCGAGCCGACGGGGAACAUUGCUUCCACAGCCGGCUACAAACGGCCCUCAUCAUCCUCCUCUUCCUCUGCUGCCUCCUCCUCUGGGCCAGGGAUUGGGGGAGGAGGAGAAGGAGGAGGAGAAGAAGGGGUGAAGGAGAAGAAGAAGAGAGGAAACUGGAGGAACCGAUACGGACCCUGCUUUAGUGUUCCGGACGGCAAGGCUACAGACGGACCUGAGCACCACACAGCACCGCUACCUCUCCCCUCCUCUUCUCUCUGCGCCACCUCAUCCUCCUCUCCUUCCCCCUCCUCUACCAGCGCUCUGCCAGGCCGGCCCGGAGGAGGUGGAGGAGAGAGAGUAGGAGAGAGAGGUCUGCUGGGUGUUGGUAUUAGCGGUGGGAUCCAGAAGUCUCCUUCCCUACUGAGGAACGGCAGUCUGCCGUGUCACGGAGUCACCUCUACUCCCUCUGGCACCGGUAGGACACACGCAUACACUUACCUCACUCUCUUUCAUUGCUUAUUUUAUCAAAGCAUGUUUUGUGUCAGCAGCCGUGUAAUGUUGUGGUGA